UAAAGACAUGGAGGAAGGCUAUGAAGAAUUUUCUCAAUCCUGCAUCCGUCUCUGGUAGAACUCGGAGGUGAAGCAAGGUACGGAGCGCGAAAACGGAAGGCUAUGGAGGGCGGCGAGUUUGAGGAAGGAGUUGUGACGGAGGAGGAAGCUCCGAGUUCGGAGACUGUGGUUUCACCGGCCAAGGCGGAGAAAUCGCCCUACGUGUUGCUCCGAGAGAGCAAAUCCUCCGCGGGGGAAAUCGUCGCGAAAAUGCUCUCCAUCAAGAGGGAAGGAAAGCCAAAGUCCGAGAUUCGUGAGCUCCUCACGAAUAUGUUCCUCAACUUCGUCAAUCUUCGUCAGGCGAAUCGUUUGAUUAUGAUGGAGGAAGAACGAGUUAAGGCGGAGACGGAGCGAGCGAAUGCGCCGGUGGAUUUCACGACAUUGCAGCUUCACAAUCUGACGUACGAGAAGAGUCAUUACGUCAAAGCCAUUAAGGGUCGAAGAGAUUUCGAGUCCAAGUAUCCCGACAUCGAUCUUGUUCCCGAAGAGGAGUUCUUCCGGGAUGCUCCUGACUCAAUCAAGUGUCCUACACUGUCCAAUGAUAGUUCCCAUGAUAUGAUGCUUAAGAGACUAAAUUUUGAGCUCCAUCAGCGCAAAGACUUAUGCAAGCUUCGAGCAAGGUUAGAACAACAGAAGAAGAGUUUACUGGAAACUAUUUCAGACCGGAAGAAGUUCUUGUCGAGUCUUCCUUCCCACCUCAAGUCUCUAAAGAAAGCAUCUCUGCCAGUACAGAACCAGUUCGGUUUGCAGGACACAAAGAAAAUGAAGCAUCAUCAUCAUCUAGCUGAGCUGCUUCCUCCGCCGCUUUAUGUAAUAUACUCGCAGCUCGUGGCGCAAAAGGAAGCUUUUGAAGAAAGCAUUGAUCUGGAGAUAGUUGGGAGCCUCAAGGAUACUCAAUCUUAUGUUCGGCAACAAGCUAAUAAGGAUCCGGGUAUGUCCAAUAGUACAGAGAGUACCUGGUUGGAUGAUGAUGAUGAUGAUGAUGAUGGACAAAGGAGAAGGAAACGGCCAAAGAAACUUAGCGGCAAUCAGGGUUCUGAUCAGGCAGGAUUAUAUCAAGUUCACCCUCUUGAAAUCCUCCUCCACAUUUAUGACGAUGAGAUUCCCGAUCCCAAAUCCCGAAAACUUGUCGUGCUCAAGUUUGAGUACUUGUUGAAUUUGAAUGUCAUUUGUGUCAGCACUGAAGGUUCUCGGGAUGGGUCUGAGAGUGAUGAUAUCUUGAGCAACUUAUUUCCAGAUGACGCGGGCCUUGAGCCUCCUCAUCAGUCGGCAAAGCUCAUUCUUGGUGAUGGUCGGGCAUUUGACGAGAGCAGAGCUUCAAGGCCGUACAAAUGGGCGCAGCAUUUGGCUGGAAUCGAUAUCUUACCAGAGAUGUCACCAUUUUUAGCCGGCCGAGAUGGUGAAAGCAGUGGUGAUGGCCCUAAAAAUGAUGAUACCAUGACUCAUCUCUCGUUGUAUCGGCAGCAGCAUAGAGUGCAAACACUUCUACAGAGACUACGCACUAGGAGAAAGGCUCAGUUGGCUCUUGUGUGAGUCACCACUCUCUGUACGCUGAAAUUCAGUAGAAGAACCUCGAGAUAUUUAUAAACAGUCAUUGUUUGCAAACGGAAUAUCCGACAAACUUGUCAUAGUGAAGGAAUUGCAGUUGGUAGUGAAAAUAUUGAAAUUGAA